ACCCAGAAUCCAAUUGGGAUCAGGUUUUCCCAAAGUUGAGCUAGCUGCCCUUUUGCUCGAUUCGUCGAGCAAAUCAAGACUACAGAAGAAAAAGUACAGAGCUUUAUUUAGCAAAUAGCAAUGGCUUCGAAUCUCGUGGAAAUGUUUAAUGCUGCUUUGAAUUGGGUUACUAUGAUGCUGGAGAGUCCUUCAGCUAGAGUUGUCUUAUUCGGUUUCCCAAUCCGAGGGCACUUCUUUGUGGAAGGGUUGUUGGGUGUUGUCAUUGUUAUUCUCCUCACUAGGAAGAGUUACAAACCUCCCAAGCGACCAUUGACCGAGCAGGAAAUAGAUGAGUUAUGUGAUGAAUGGGUUCCUGAACCUCUUAUACCUCCAAUUACUGAAGACAUGAAGCAUGAGCCACCAGUUCUUGAAAGUGCUGCUGGACCGCAUACAACAGUUAAUGGCAAAGAUGUGGUGAAUUUUGCUUCAGCUAAUUAUCUUGGGCUCAUUGGCCACGAGAAGUUGCUGGAAUCAUGUACUUCUGCAUUAGAAAAAUAUGGUGUCGGUUCUUGUGGUCCUCGUGGAUUCUAUGGUACAAUUGAUGUCCAUCUUGACUGCGAAACCAGAAUAUCAAAAUUUUUGGGUACUCCCGAUUCAAUCCUCUAUUCUUAUGGACUUUCCACGAUGUUCAGCACAAUACCUUGUUUCUGUAAGAAAGGCGAUGUCAUUGUUGCUGAUGAGGGUGUUCACUGGGGAAUACAAAAUGGACUUCAGCUUUCAAGAAGUACAAUUGUGUACUUCAAGCACAAUGACAUGGAAUCCCUUCGAAGUACCCUUGAGAAAAUCAUGACAAAGUACAAGCGCUCAAAGAACUUGAGGCGUUAUAUUGUAGCUGAAGCUGUAUAUCAGAAUUCUGGUCAAAUUGCGCCUCUGGAUGAGAUUGUAAAACUAAAAGAGAAGUAUAGGUUUCGUGUUAUAUUGGAUGAAAGCAACUCUUUUGGUGUGCUUGGCCGUUCUGGGAGAGGUCUUGCAGAGCAUCAUAGUGUCCCUAUUGAGAAGAUAGAUGUUGUGACUGCUGCAAUGGGCCAUGCAUUAGCCACAGAAGGUGGAUUUUGCACCGGGAAUGCCCGCAUCAUCGAUUACCAGAGGCUUAGCAGUUCAGGAUAUGUGUUCUCAGCUUCGUUGCCACCAUACCUUGCAAGUGCUGCUAUCACCGCCAUUGAUGUCAUUGAUCAAAACCCGGAUAUGUUAGUUAAGCUGAAGCAAAAUAUUGCUCUGUUAUGGAAAGGAUUGUCAGAUAUCAAGGGGAUGUCGUUAACAAGCAACCGGGAAUCGCCUAUUGUUUUCUUAAAAUUAGAGAAGUCUAGCGGUUCAGCUAAAGACGAUUUGCUUCUACUUGAGGAAAUGGCUGACCGUGCUUUGAAGGAAGACUCGUUGUUGGUUGUGAGUUCUAAAAGAUCGUUUCUUGAUAAAUGCCGGUUACCUGUGGGAAUCAAACUCUACGUUUCUGCGGGACAUUCAGAGUCCGAUCUUCUUAAAGCAUCCGAGUCACUGAAGAGACUUGCUUCAGAACUUCUACUCAAGACUUGAAACACCAAACUCUUUUCUUCAAGAACAACACCAAGGGAACUCUUUCAACACAUGCGUUUGAGACAAUAGACAACAGAAUUCGCAGACUCAACAGCUUGCAGAUGUUCAUAGAAGAUUCCUAAACCGGUUCUCUACUUUCAGUAAUGGGCUUGUGGUUUAUCUGAAGCUAAAUUGACGAAGGAGGAUUAUCGAAGACAAUGGCUUCUUGUUCUUUCAUUUAUGAAAUUUGUUCCAAAUGUUUUUCGUUUGAUCAUCUGAGUUCUUUCUUUUUUUCCUACUUAUACCCUUAAUGAUCAAGUAGCUUUAGCGUUGUUGCAGAAAUUCAAAAACUUUCAAGUUAUGGGAAAACUAAAAAGUUCAUGUUCUA